AUUCCGGCUGGCUCGACAGUGACACCCCAAAUCGCCUUAUGGCUGAGGAGCCUCUAACGGUGUUUCUAUGUUCGCGGUAAUUUGUUUCGGUGAACAGCGGGACUCAUAAGCGCCAGGAGCAACUGGACCGUUUUCUAAGCGCGGACAUCGCGUCGGAGUCAAGGGUUUCAGGCUCGGUUGUCAUUUUGAAGACCCACUUCGUCCCCCUCCGCCUCCCGAUCGUGUGUGUUGCCUGUGGUCUGACGGAUUUAUCCUUUCAAUUCUCUCUCGUGAGGAGAAAGGGAAGUAAAGAUGCCAAAACCGAUCAACGUCCGUGUGACCACCAUGGAUGCAGAGCUGGAGUUUGCCAUCCAGCCCAAUACCACAGGAAAACAACUCUUUGACCAGGUUGUGAAGACAGUGGGUUUGCGUGAGGUCUGGUUCUUCGGCCUGCAGUAUAUGGACAGUAAAGGUUACCUGACCUGGCUUAAACUCAAUAAGAAGGUCACCCAGCAGGAUGUGAAGAAAGAGAACCCACUCCAGUUCAAGUUCAGAGCUAAGUUUUUCCCAGAGGAUGUCUCUGAAGAGCUGAUUCAGGAGAUCACCCAGAAACUUUUCUUCCUGCAGGUAAAGGAGGCGAUCCUGAACGAUGAGAACUACUGCCCCCCAGAGACGGCCGUCUUACUGGCGUCAUAUGCUGUCCAGGCCAAGUACGGAGACUACAUCAAAGAUGUGCACAAACCAGGCUACCUUACGCACGACAGACUGCUGCCUCAGAGAGUCCUGGAGCAGCACAAGCUGACCAAAGAGCAGUGGGAGGACAGGAUACAGACUUGGCAUGAAGAACACAGAGGAAUGCUCAGAGAGGACUCGAUGAUGGAAUAUCUUAAAAUUGCUCAAGACUUGGAGAUGUAUGGAGUCAACUACUUUCAGAUCAAAAACAAAAAGGGCACACAGCUGUGGCUGGGGGUGGAUGCCCUUGGCCUCAACAUUUAUGAAUAUGAAGACAAGUUGACACCAAAGAUUGGAUUUCCUUGGAGUGAAAUUCGAAACAUUGCUUUCAAUGACAAGAAAUUUGUCAUCAAACCUAUUGACAAGAAAGCACCCGACUUUGUGUUCUAUGCGCCGCGGCUGCGCAUCAACAAGCGUGUCCUAGCAUUGUGUAUGGGUAACCACGAGUUGUACAUGCGAAGGAGAAAGCCUGACACCAUUGAGGUGCAGCAGAUGAAAGCUCAAGCUCGGGAGGAGAAGCAUCAUAAACAGAUGGAGAGGGCCCAGUUGGAGAAUGAGAAAAAGAAACGGGAGCUUGCAGAGAAAGAAAAGGAGAGGAUCGAGCGUGAGAAGGAAGAGCUCAUGGAGAGACUAAGACAGAUUGAAGAACAGACCAUGAAGGCUCAGAGAGAGCUUGAGGAACAGACCCGUCGCGCCAUGGAGCUGGAGCAGGAAAGGAAGAAAGCAAGGGAGGAGGCCGAGAGGCUGGAGAGAGAGAGGCAAACAGCAGAGGAGGCCAAAGCAGAGUUGGCCAAGCAGGCUGCAGAUCAGCAGAAGAACCAGGAGCAACUGGCUACUGAACUGGCUGAAUUCACAGCCAAGAUUGCUCUUCUGGAGGAUGCCAAGAAAAAGAAGGAGGAUGAGGCCAAUGAAUGGCAGCACAAGGCUUUAUCUGCACAAGAGGACUUGGAAAAGACCAAGGAAGAGCUGAAGACUGCAAUGACGGCUCCUCUGGUCAGCCAUGGGGAGAGCGACCAUGAUGAGCAGGAUGAGAACCAUGCAGAGGCUAGCGAGGAGCUCUCCAACGAGGGCGUCAGCCAGGUCGACCUCCGCAGUGAAGAAGCGCGCAUCACAGAGGCUCAGAAGAACGAAAGGGUCAAGAUUCAGUUGCAGACCUUAAGUACAGAGUUGGCCGACGCCAGAGACGAAACCAAGAAGACACAGAACGACGUGCUGCACGCCGAAAACGUGAAAGCCGGCCGAGACAAAUACAAAACGCUGCGCCAGAUCCGACAGGGCAACACGAAGCAGCGCAUCGACGAGUUUGAGUCCAUGUGAGAAUGGCACCUUCCCCCCUCAGUCCACCGUCACUCAGGGGUCUCUUUCCUGAACUUACCCCCCUCCCUGAUGCGCAAUUUGUUAAGGACAAGAAAUGCUGCCGACUUUCUUCAAGUGAGCCCCAGUCAAGCAGGCAGUGUGAAGAAAACAGCUGGUCAAACUUUGCCAAAGUCCCUCCCCACAUGUUCGCUCUCUGUCGUCUUUCUCAUACGGAACAGUUGAACAAGCAAAUCUCAUGGAGCAGCAAAUCCUACAUGACUGAAUCCAAAAUGGAGGAAAUUGAAUAUUUUUAUUUUAAGUAAAAAACGGCCAUAGAAAUUAACGCUUAACAACUUGUAUGCGAAGCUUUGGUAUUUCACAUGAUUGUUUUUUUUUUCCCAUCUACUCUUUGCUGACAGUAUCCGUAUAUUUAGUUUUCUGUCAACUGGAUCCAGUCCCAAGCUCUGAAAAAGCAAUAUGGGCAUAUGAGGUCACUAGUUUCAUUCAGUGUUAAAGCGCUGUUACGUCAACAUCAUUUCAGAACAUAUCACAGGCUAAACCUCUUAGCAUCUCUCUUUAAAAGCACAAAGGUGAUGUAUUAAAUUAAUAGUUUAAUAAAUAAUACCACUAUCUAGUAUUUUGCAUUUGAAGCUGACCAUUAAGAUUAGCAAUAAUGCAGACUUUUGAAAAUUUGACCCUUGCAUGGAAAAGAGCCACCCAGACCUGUCAAAAUGUAUGAAUGUAGCAAAGGUAACAAAGGGAAAGUGUGUUUUCUACCUGAAAAGGUGAUGGCAUCACAUGCAACGAGCUUGUGCCACCAAACUAUUGCCCACUCAAAGGCAUCAGGUAAGCUAAUUGGUAGUUGUGUAGAUGUGUUUCUGUGUGCAUGUUUUCCAGUUGCAUCCCAGUGUUUCAUUCCCAGUCACCAUAGAUGGUUUUCUCUGCCUACCAGCUCACAAAGGAGCCCAGGACAGUAAUUGGAUGGAGGAGCAGACAGAGGAGGAGAGUGUCCAUGUUGUUUCUGUGUAAUAGAGUGCACAUGUUUGUACAUAAAUGUGUUGAGGUGUAGAAGCGGAGGCCUGGCACCUCUCUGGCUGGGGAGCUUAUGAAAACAUCGGUCCUGCACGUGGGACGAUUCUCUACCUCAGUAAUGUUAGUAGUGGUGGCUGACAGUCAAACACUCAGGGUGCUGCUUCCCUCCCCCUCAAAGAAAGAUGAUGACGUUUACUGUGGGCAACCCAUGGGCAGGCUCGGUGUCGCUUACCUGAGUUGAGCGUUUUGUUAGUUUUCACCUUUUUAAAUUAGGUUAAUUUGGUGGUCUCUUCCUGCUCCUAGGCUGGCUCAAAUGAUCUUCGGUGAUUGUUUUGUUUGAAAGAAAUAUAUAUUUAGUAAUGCUGCACAUAUCGAUAUAGUGAUGCUUGUUUUGGUCCUGAGCUAUGAAUUGAAUCUAAAUUGCCUUUAGCGUCAUCUGAAACUGUACAGUAGAGAUUCAGGGGGCUUUGGGGGACAGAGACCUGGAGGUUGGAGCUUUGUUGUGACUACACUUCAAAUCUCUCUCCAGUAAAAAAAGUAAACGGGCCAAUUAAAAUCUUUUUUGCAUUCAGACAACAAGUGAUCAAGCCUGUUGUGGGGUUAAAAUAGGUUUCAGGGUGCAUUUCUGAACCAAGUGCACAUUAAGCAUUUGUUUUUUGUACUAUUAACAAUAUGUUAAAAACUGUUUAUGCUAUUAUUUGUUAUGCUAAAUGCGACAGCUGGUUUAGGUUGAUGGUUUUUUUUAUGUUUUGUGUUUGGAAGCUAAAGCACUUGUUUGAAACAAGACCCUAAAAGCUGCCUUUUGUGUUGAUUUUUUUUUUUCAUGUCCAUAGUUAGCGUUGCUUUGCCAUAGCAGGUGAAUUAAAAUGAUCCUGUGCUUCCAGCUCUUAGUGUUGUAUUCAGUCCCUAAAUCAGCAUCUCUGUGCUGGGCAGCCUCACUGGAGCAGCAGUCUCCUCCUGACAUUUCCACACUCUCCCACACAAGCUGUCGAGCGUCUAUCGAGCUCCACCAGGAUGGUGUUGGCUUGUCUGUCCCCUCCAGUGAAACGCAGCACCUGUCAUGAUACCUGCUCUGGCGCCAGCUGUCAUGUUUCGCAUUUAUUCUUCUGGUUUUCUCAUGUUCAUCAUAGUAUAUACUUUGAGAUAGAAACAAAUGGGUUUCAGUCUAUUUCAUUGGUUCGCAAAUAAAAGAAUUUUAAAUUUUAAA